UAAGAGAACCAGGUGGAAACAUCAGGCUGUAUUGCAAAGGGGCUGAUACAGUCAUUUAUGAACGGUUGCACCCAAGGAAUCUAAAGAGAGAGGCUACAGAAGAAGCACUAGAUAUUUUCGCAAAUGAAACUCUUAGGACGCUCUGCCUGUGCUAUAGAGACAUUAGCCAGGAUGAAUUUGAAGCAUGGAAUAAAAAGUUUGUGGAGGCCAGUGUAGCUACAACUAAUCGUGAUGAAGCUCUGGACAAAGUGUAUGAGGAAAUAGAAAAAAACUUGAUUCUGCUUGGGGCGACAGCUAUUGAAGACAAACUACAGGAUGGAGUGCCAGAAACUAUUUCCCGACUUUCAAAAGCAGACAUUAAAAUCUGGGUGCUUACUGGUGACAAAAAAGAAACUGCUGAAAACAUUGGAUUCUCCUGUGAACUCUUAACAGAUGAAACAACAAUCUGCUAUGGAGAAGAUAUCAGUGCUCUUCUCCAAACUAGGUUGGAAAACCAGAGGAACAGAGCUGGAUCCAGUACGCAUUCCUACCUAAGAAUGAACGAGCCCUUCUUCCAGGGUAGUAGAGAUCGUGCUUUAAUAAUCACUGGCUCCUGGCUGAAUGAAAUCCUGCUGGAGAAGAAAAAGAAGAAAAAGAAACUUAAACUGAAAUUCCCCAGAACAGCAGAAGAGGAAAAAAGGCAAACUGAAAAGAGAAGAAGGGCCGACGCUUACAAAGAGCAGCAGCAGCAGAACUUUGUUGAUUUGGCCUGCGAAUGCAGGGCUGUGAUCUGCUGUCGAGUGACUCCGAAGCAGAAGGCCAUGGUGGUCGAGCUGGUGAAGAAGUACAAGAAAGCUAUCACUCUGGCUAUUGGCGACGGUGCCAACGAUGUAAACAUGAUUAAAACUGCCCACAUUGGAGUUGGAAUCAGCGGCCAAGAAGGGAUGCAAGCCGUCAUGUCAAGUGACUACUCUUUCGGGCAGUUCCGCUACCUCCAAAGACUGCUGCUGGUCCACGGACGAUGGUCUUACAUUAGGAUGUGCAAGUUUCUAAGAUAUUUUUUCUACAAAAACUUUGCUUUUACACUAGUCCACAUCUGGUAUUCAUUCUUUAAUGGCUUUUCUGCUCAGACAGCAUAUGAAGACUGGUUCAUCACGCUCUACAACGUCUUGUAUUCCAGUCUCCCGGUUCUGCUGGUUGGCUUGCUUGACCAGGAUGUGAGCGACAGAUUGAGUCUUCGGUUCCCUGGACUGUAUGUUUUGGGCCAGAAAGAUUCACUUUUUAACUACAAGAAAUUCUUCUUAAGUUUGCUUCAUGGAGCUAUAACUUCCUUGAUCAUCUUCUUCAUACCAUAUGGAGCUUACCUUAAAACUAUGGGCCAAGAUGGAGAAGCUCCUGCAGAUUAUCAGUCAUUCGCUGUCACGGCAGCAUCCUCUCUGAUAUUCGUCGUCAAUUUUCAGAUUGGCUUGGAUACGUCUUACUGGACUUUUGUUAACGCUUUUUCAGUAUUUGGCAGUAUUGCACUUUACUUUGGUAUCACGUUUGACCUACACAGCGCUGGAAUCCACGUUCUCUUUCCUUCUGGCUUUCAGUUCACAGGAACUGCUCCGAAUGCUCUGAGGCAGCCGUACCUCUGGCUGACCAUGAUUUUAUCAAUUGCUGUUUGCUUACUUCCUGUAGUGGCACAGCGUUUCUUAUCCACGACCAUUUGGCCUUCGGAAAGCGACAGAAUCCAGAGGAACCGCAAGAAAUACCUGGCAGAGCAGCACCAGUGGCAGCGCCGCCGGAGCGCUUUCCGCCGCGGGGUGUCCGGCCGUCGUUCCGCCUACGCUUUCUCCCACCAGCGGGGAUACGCUGAUCUCAUCGCCUCUGGGCGCAGCAUACGGAAAAAACGGGCUCCUCUGGAUGCGGUGCUGGGCGCCGGCGUGACGGAACAGUUGACUACAGCUCACUGCACGAAAUCGAGAGAGCUCUUUGAUCCC